AUGAUGUUUAGAUGUAAUGGUAUAUAAGGAAGAUUUAUGGUUUGUUUAAUAUUAUUUAAAGGAAAUGUCAUUCCAAGGGAUGUUCCUUCAUCAGUUUUUGAAUUAAAUGGCAAAAAACAAUUUAAUUUGUUUAUAAGUACUCCACUAAGUUUAAAGAAGGUAUUACUUACAAAGGUCACUGCAUAAUUUUAGAUCUAGAAAUAGCAAAUUUUGUCCUAUAAACCUGCAUGA